AAAAUGCUUCACUAAAGAGAGAGGGGGGAUGAUGUAAUCUCAGAAGUUACAAUUAAUUUUAUUGAUGCUAUUUUGGGCAGUAGAAUAACGGUGCCUAUUUUCUGUGGUACAAUGGAGAUCGAUAUUCCUCCUGGUACCCAGCCUAAUCAAAUAUUAAAAAUUAAAAAUCAAGGCUUUUUCAAUCAAAAUACAAAAAUAAGAGGCAAUUAUUACUUAAAAAUAAUAGUUGAAUUACCUCGUAAAGUUUCACAAAAACAAAUUUCAUUAUUAAAUCAAUUUUAUAAAUAAUAAUAAUAAUUAAAAUUAUAACAAUAGUAAUAAUAAUAAUAAUAAUAUUAAUAUUAAUAAAAAAUUAAUAUAAAUUAUACUCUCACA